UGGCGACCGAGCACUGGCAUGGAUACAUCUAGCGUCUCGGUUAUAACAAACUAGCGGCGAGGCGGACGGAAAGUUGCCUUUACAAUUCCAGGUGGGCGGGUGUGCAAAAUGGCCACACUGAGUGCCAAGCCAGGCCUGCGCCACAAUGUGUCCGACUGGGAGGCAAGGAAUAAGCAGCUGUCCCAGACCGCCGAGUACCAGCGCCAGGUGUCCCACGAUGUCCGCCAGGAGGGACUGGUUCUGCGCAAUGAGACCACCACUAAAACCAAAUGGGAUGAGAGUGACAGUAGUCGCAGACUGGCUGACAGGAUUCAGGACAUCAACCACUGGAAGAGCAAACUGGAACAUUGUGCUCAGGAUGUUGACAAAGAGAUGGACGCCUUGACUCAGUCUAAAGAGGAGACAGAGCUCGCCUUGGCAGCCACAGCGCUGCCUCUAGAGGUCACCGUUGAGUGCCUGACGCUGUGGGAGGGCAGGCGUGGGGGGGAGCUGGUCAGUGACCCAGUGGAGGCCGAGCUGAAGAAGGACGUGGAGUUGAUUGACAACUGCCAGCGCACGUUGCAGCAGCGCAUCGAUCAGUCUUUUGAACAACUGUGCUUGUUACAGGAAGCGUGGCAUGAGGUGAACUCUGACCUCCAGAACAAGAGAGAUGCCCUGGAUGUGGACAUGUCCUGUCUGUCCCUCACAGUGACCUCACCACAGAUCUCCCUGAAGCCCAAACCCCUGAGGAUACCUUCCAGUACCAGCACUCCCCAGCAGUGGGAGAAGUUCAGCAUUUACAACAUAGCAAAAUCUAAGGAGGAGAUGCAGGCCUCGCUGGCCUUGAGAGAGAACAUGAGCGUCACCCGGGCCCAGGUGCAGAAUGACAUGGGAGCCCAGGAGAUGGCUCUGGAGUUUGCCCUCCGCAAGCGCAAACAUCACCUGCUGCAGUCCAGGGAUGAGCUUAAGUGGCAGUUGGGGACGACCCAGGACGAGAUCCAAGACCUUGAGAAGGAUAUCCGUGGGCUGGAGACAGACCUGCACGCCAAACAGAGCUUCCUGAAACUGACACACACACGUCUGGAGAACAGGUUCAAGAGACCUGGGGUGGACCUCUGCUGGGACGAGGUUCAGUUCGGGCUGGUGGAGGAGCUGAAGCAGCUGGAGGUCACCAUCCAGACUCUGCAUCAGAAGCUGGGACAGGCUCGACACUCGCUACAGGCCUUGCAGCAGCACGAGGCGUGCAUGCAGGAGGACCUGUCCCGCAAGGACGAGGCCGUGGCCCUGAUGCAGAGGUGCCAGGAGGUCCGCAAGCGCAUUGCCGCAGCCAAGCCCGACCACCGGUCCUCUGGGACCGUCGUUCCCCUCACCAACUCCAGCGGAAGGCAUGCCGUCACCAAGGCCUAACGUCCAGUUCCCUAAUUCACCUCAUAAUUCCCCUCCCUAGCCCUUGAUGAAAUCUGGUGACUAAAGCUGGUGUCUAGCACAAAAAGCAAUAUAAGAGUAAUCCUAGAUGUCAAUACAAUCAUGUCACAAGUU